UCCAUCUUCUCCGUUGUUGCGAUGGGUCUGAAGGGGGCAUGGUGUUUCCCAUGGUGUGGGUGCCGGAGACAGCGAAGGACUGAUGGAGGAGCAGGCCUGGAUCCAGCUGCCCCUCCAGAUCCAGACAGCAGCCCAGCUGUAGCCCCCAUUGCCGCCGAGGGAGGGAUACCAUCCCUAGGGUCUGGUGCUUACUUCAGCAGGAAGGCCCGGCUCUCCUUCCGCCACCAGCUGCAUGAUGUAGCAUCAGCCAACGACUCCACCAUCUGAUGCGGGGAACCGGGGGCUACACCUCCAGGCCUUGGCAACCUUCCUUCCCCACCUUCUCAUCUGAGCCCAAGGCCCUUCCCCCAGGACCCUCAUGACCUUCUUAUUAAAUACAUGGAGAGUUGCUUCUGA